CCCAACGCGACGGCUUUUGGCGGGGGUGGGGGGCGAGGUGACGGCGAGCGCGGAGCCCGAAACGUCUACGGCGGCUGCGGAAGGGGCGCGGCGCGCGGCGCUUCCCCGCCACCGGCAGCCUUGAAGCCCGGCCGGCCGCCCGGCGCCUGCGCAGAGGGGCUGUGACCUCGCCGCUUCUCGCCGCCGCCGGUGACUAUCGGGGCGCACACCACCCCCCCUCCCCUCCCCUCCCCUCCCCCCACCCCGCGCUAGGCUCGGGCCCCACAGCCGGGCGGUGCCGUAACGGUCACCCCCUCCACCCCCCCCUCCAUGGAGGGUCCGGCGGAGCGGGGCGGCGGAUCGGCGGCGGAGGGCCCGUCGGGGGUGGUCACGGAGAUCCGGGCGCCGGGCCCGCGGCCGCUGCGGCUGCUGGAGUGGAAGGUGUCGGUGGGGGCGGCGGUGCAGAUCGGGUCGGUGCUGGCGCUGUGCGCCCCGCUGGCGCCCGCACCCCCGCCCCCGCCCCCGCCGCCGCGGGCCGGCCCCGAGCGCAAGCUGAAAGCGGAGCGGCCCGGCGUGGUGCGGGAGCUGUGUGCGCGGCCCGGACAGGUCAUCGCGCCCGGGGGUAUCUUGGUGAGGCUGGAAGGAUGCAGCCAUCCUGUUGUUAUGAAAGGCUUGUGUGCAGAAUGUGGCCAGGACUUGACUCAGAUACGAAGCAAGAAUGGAAAGCAGAAUGUGCCAUUAUCCACAGCAACUGUGUCUAUGGUUCACAGUGUCCCAGAACUGAAAGUUAGCUCUGAGCAAGCUGAGCAGCUAGGGAGAGAAGAUCAACAGCGACUACAUCGAAAUCGAAAACUUGUACUCAUGGUAGAUCUGGACCAGACACUGAUCCAUACUACAGAACAGCACUGCCAACAAAUGUCUAAUAAGGGAAUAUUUCAUUUCCAGUUAGGUCGAGGUGAGCCUAUGUUGCAUACUCGUUUGCGUCCUCACUGUAAGGAAUUCCUGGAAAAAAUUGCCAAGCUGUAUGAAUUACAUGUUUUUACUUUUGGCAGCAGACUGUAUGCACAUACAAUUGCAGGAUUUUUGGACCCUGAAAAGAAGCUCUUUUCCCAUCGGAUAUUGUCAAGGGAUGAAUGUAUCGAUCCGUUUUCUAAAACUGGGAAUCUUAGAGAUCUCUUCCCAUGUGGAGAUUCCAUGGUUUGCAUCAUUGAUGAUAGAGAGGAUGUUUGGAAGUUUGCACCCAAUUUGAUAACUGUGAAGAAAUAUGUAUACUUUCAGGGGAUAGGAGAUAUUAAUGCACCCCCUGGAUCAAGAGAAAUUCAAAUGAAGAAGAAAGUAAACCACUCUACAAAAACGGAGGCACUGGAUUCAGCAGUGACAUCAGCAAAAGAUGCUGAAGAAAUAAAGAAUGUUACAUGUGUAGAAGAACAAAGCAAUGGUCUCAAGCAAGCUACAAAGGACACUUGCACUGCAAAUGGAAGUACUUCUGUAAGCAGUGAAACAUCUGACUGGGAUAUGAACCCUCGUGAUAAAGUUAAUGCCCAGGACUCCUUAAGUGAUACCACUGAUCACAAAAUGGACAGUGAGGUCACUAAUGAUUUGACAAAUACAAAAGAAUCUCAGAUUUUUUCGGAACAAGUCGAUAGAACAGUGAUAGAGAAGCAGCAAACCCAAGACAAGACAACAAAUGACUUGGACUUUGAACUGUCUAGUGACAGUGAAAGCGAUGGUGGAUUGGAUACCAGAAAGUCAUCCACUUCUGUAUCAGAUAGUGAGAAUGAGGAAAAGAGAAGCUGGAAGAAAUCCAAACAACCUCUGCAGGAUGAAAAUUUGCAGAAGGGGAGUUGCAGUGAUGUGAGUGAAAAAAAGGAUGGUCUGGUGAACCAUUCUGGGGACACGCAAUCUCUACCUAGUGAAAAUAUUCAUGACAAAACUGAUCUUGAAGCACAAGAAGAAAGUGAACAGGAAAGCCUUUGUGAUUUAGGAAACGGGUGUGCAGACAAGAAAGAAGCUGAAACAGAGUCUCAGAAUAGUGAACAGUCUGGAAUUACAAUGGGUGAGUCCUUAGACCAGAGUAUGGAGGAAGAAGAGGAGGAGGAUGAUACAGAUGAUGAUGACCAUUUAAUAUACCUCGAAGAGAUUCUUGUGCGGGUUCACACUGAUUAUUACACAAAGUAUGAUAAAUACCUGAAAAAAGAGAUUGAGGAAAUUCCAGACAUCAGAAAAAUAGUACCAGAACUGAAAAGUAAAGUACUGGCAGAUGUAACCAUAAUAUUUAGUGGACUCUACCCAACAAACUUCCCCAUUGAGAAAACACGAGAACACUAUCAUGCCACAGCACUUGGAGCUAAAAUUGUGAAGAAUUUAGUACUGAGUGCUGAUGAUCCUGACAAAGCAACGCAUCUCAUUGCAGCAAGGACAGGCACAGAAAAAGUACGGCAAGCUCAGGACUGCAAGGACCUCCAUGUUGUAAACCCUGAUUGGCUGUGGAGCUGCUUGGAGCGCUGGGACAAGGUUGAGGAACAGCUCUUUCCCUUGAAGGAUGACUACAUCAAAACACACAGAGAGAAUAGCCCUGCCAUGUUUCCCGAUACACACAGCACGUUUCAGACAGCUCUGUUUCACCCAACACCCAUUCAUCCAAAGUCUCAACCCGGUCCUGAAAUUCGACUUUACGAUCCUAACACUGGAAAGCUAAUCAGGAAAGGCGCUCAGACCUCUGGCCAGUCGAUGUACAUCCAGUCUCCAGCUCCUCCCAUCACCUUACCAGUCCACGGCGAACACUCGUCCUUCAGAGUUGUUCAACCACAUCAGCAGCAGAUGUUUGAAGAAGAAGACUUACCAGCAAGUGAAAAUGAAGAGCAGCCUGGUCCAUCUAAGCGGAAGCGCCAGCCAAGUAUGUCUGAGACAAUGCCCUUGUACACCCUAUGUAAAGAGGAUUUAGAGAGUAUGGAUAAAGAGGUGGAUGACAUCUUAGGAGAAGGGAGUGAUGAAAGUGAUAGUGAAAAAAAAAAGCCAGAAGAGGAAGGUGAAAAACCUCAGAUUAGUGCAACAGAGACUCCAGGAAUGAAAACAGAUCAGAGACCUGGAUCAUCAUCAUCAUCGUCAUCAUCAUCAAGUGAAAGAAGCUUAACAGGCAGUGUACCCAGAGGGCACAAGCGCAAACUGGAUGAAGAUGAUGCUGCCAGUGAAUCCAGUAAAGAAUCCAGCAACGAAGAUGAGGAAGGAAGCAGUUCUGAAGCAGAUGAAAUGGCAGCAGCCCUCGAAGCUGAAUUGAACGACUUCAUGUGACAUUCAUGCAGAAGACGGAAUUUGUAAUUAUAUUUUACUUCUCAUAAACAAAUCGGACUUCAGACAAGUCCCUUAUGUCAGUACUCGGUGUUUUUCCAAAACGUGUGUGUAUAUUUUGCAAAGCAACACAAAAGGUGACACAUUAUUUUACAAAAUCGGAAAUAGAUGUUUUUAAGGUGUUUUGCUAAAGGAAAAUAUACUUUUUUAAACAAAAAAAGUAUUAAACGGGACUUGGUGUGCUAUGCCAAAGACAUGUUAGGAGCUCUGCAGAACCUUCAUAUACAGGACAGUAACACAAAAAUUUGUGAUUAAACAUAGCAACUUCUUAAAAAUGUUGCAGUCUGUGGCUUAUGGGUAAUGGUCUUCAAAAAAAAAAAAAAAAAAAGGAGGAGAUAAAGGAGAUGGAGUUGUCUGGGUAGUACAGCAGGAACCUGGUGAACUGGUCAUCCUUUUCAACACAUAAAUGCUAUCACAUAUAAAAGGAUUUUUAAAAUAAAAGAAUGAUUUAUAUUUGUAUAGAAACAGAGAAUGUGAUAUGCAAGCUUUGUGAACUCUGCGCUUGACCCACCUGUCAUUUGCUUCUAAGAGAAUACAUAACGAUCAAAACUCAUGUUUCUAAGUUACUUUGUGGAGUAGUUGGGUUCUUUAGGGACAUCGUUUAGAUUUUUAACUUUUCUUCUCUGUAACCGGAAAUUUAGCACAGCAUACUGUGUGAUCCUGUACUGCCAUAAGAAGCAUAUUCACCCAUUCGUGUUGUCUUGGAAAGAACGAGUGCUACUUCGGUCUAGAUAGGAUUUCAUUUCUUUGACAAGAGAUCCAAUGUAAAGUUUUUGUAUAUUCUAUUUCAUAUUUGACCCACAAAACAGAUUUUCUUUCAUUGAAUAAAAAUUCAUUUUGUAUG